AUGGCUCAGAUGGCCUCCGUCACUACUGAGCCACCACCCCUACAAGCCACCACCCCUACAAGCCACCACCCCUACAAGCCACCACCUCUACAAGCCACCACCCCUACAAGCCACCACUCCUACAAGCCACCACGCCUACCAGCCACCACCCCUAUAAGCCACCACCCCUACAAGCGACCACCCCUACAAGCCGCCACCCCUACCAGCCACCACCCCUACAAGCGACCACCCCGCCAGGGUGGGGGCGGCGUAGCAAGGCCAGGUGGCAGGCUGCGCUCGUCGCUGUGCGUAUACGCGACGAAGGCGGUGGUAAUUGCGGGCCUACAGAGGCAACGCUGGCCUCAGGAACAGGAGGACAACAGGAAGGGAAGAGAGGUGGAGGACAACAGGGAGGGAAGACAUGUGGAGGACAACAGGAAGGGAAGGGAGGUGGAGGACAACAGGGAGAGAAGACAUGUGGAGGACAACAGGAAGGGAAGAGAGGUGGAGGACAACAGGGAAAGAAGACAUGUGGAGGACAACAGGGAGGGAAGAGAUUUGGAGGAGGAAAGAGGACAAGAAGGAGGGAAGAACGUUUGA